ACAGUUACUCAGAAACUCUGCAGUUAGUUUCCACUUGCUGAGAGACAGUCGGGUCAGAGACGCCAUGUAGAUGGACAGACAGACAGACAGACAGACAGACAGACAGACAGACAGACAGACAGACAGACAGGUGUCGGCCAUCAUGUCCAUCACUGUGAACCUGAAGAGGAUCUCCAACCUGCCGGGUCGAUCCGACAGGAAGGUCGAGCUCAGCUUCAGAGGUUUCACCCAUAAAACCAAAGUCCUACAGUGUGAGAACAUCGCCAUCUUCAACGAGCAUUUCCGUUGGCCUCACUAUGGCAAAGGGAUCAAUGAUGAAGUUUUGUCCGUACGAGUUUACAACUGCAGUAAAGUUUUCUCCAACAGACUCCUCGGUCAGCUGGUCAUCAGUCUGCAGCAUGUUGUCACCUCAGGGAGGCUGUUGCUACGGGAACCGCUCGCUGACGCAAACUACAGCCUGACAGAUAUCUACAUCGAGCUGGAUGUUCGCUUCCAUCCGGUGGAGGGAACAGCUGGACACUGGGAGGGACUCGACUUCCUGUCGGUCGAAGACAAGGACGAUUCAGCUCUGGUCAUCAGGAAUGAAGGAUUUGACGACCCUACGAGCCUGCAGACUCCUGGCCGUCCGGAUCAAUGCGACAGAAAAGCUCGACGUCUGGGACAGAGUCUGGUCCGGACAGGAGAUGAAGACGAAGACGACGACGAUGACGAUUAUGAUGAUGACCUUAUGGACAUGGAGGCUUCUGACAUCACCUUCACUCCUCUUCUGAGUCGCUGCAAGCCGCUGUCCAGAUGUGCUGUAGCAGCAAUGCCCAGAGUCCAGAUCUUCCAGGUGAAUGUGAACAUCCUGGAAGCUCAGAAGCUGGUUGGAGUCAGCAUCAACCCUGCAGUGUUCGUCAGAGUGGGAGGUCAAAAAAAACACACGGCAACGCAGAAAUCCACCAACUGCCCGUUCUACAACGAGAACUUCCAGUUUGAGUUUCAGGAGGCUUCACAGAUCUUCUUGGAUAAAGUCAUUGAGAUAAAGGUGUUCCACAGACGGACUCUGGCCUUCCUGAUGAUCCACAUAGGAACCUUUAAGAUUGACAUCGCCACCGUGUACAACCAGCCAGACCACCGAUUCUACCAGAAGUGGGCUCCACUAACUGACCCGGCAGACACCCGGUCCGGGAUCAAAGGCUAUGUCAAGGCCAGCCUCAAUGUGCUGAUGAAAGGAGAUGCUCUGAGCAUGCCCAGUCUGCCACCGACAUCCUCAUCUGGAGCCAGCGAGGACAUAGAAAAGAACCUGCUGCUUCCUCGUGGGAUGCCUUCUGAGCGACCGUGGGCUCGAUUUCGUGUCCGAAUCUACAGGGCCGAGGGUCUGCCCACCAUGGAGGCAGGGCUGAUGGCCAAGAUGUCCGUCACUGAUCGGACAGUAUUCAUUGAUCCCUACAUCAAGGUGACCUUCGCUGGACAACAGGGGGAAACAUCGGUCGCCAACGCCACCAGCUCUCCGGUUUGGAACGAGGAGAUCUCCUUCAUCGAGCAGUUUCCUCCUCUCGCUCAGCGAAUCAAAGUUCAGGUUCUCGAUGACACCAAGAUGGGAGACAUCGCCCUGGCAACGCACUUCCUGGACCUGCAGCAGAUCUCUGACCCCACCAGGAACGGGUUUAACCCCACUUUCGGCCCGAGCUGGGUUAAUCUCUAUGGUUCGCCCCAGAACUCCACCCUUGGAGAUGUCCACCAGGCUUUGAAUGAGGGUUUGGGUGAAGGACUUUUUUAUCGUGGUCGAAUCCUCCUCGCUCUCAACAUGGAGGUUUACAAUUCCCCCUCCGCUGUUGCCAUGGAUACAGGCUCUGCUGCCGUAGGAAAGGUGAAAGGAGCGCUGGGGAAGCUGGGACUGAGGAAGAAGAGGAGCAGCAAGAAAGGAAAGAAUGAAGCGUCUCAGGCUGCGAGUACUUUGGCCGACGACUCAGGCGAGGCGGGAAUCGAGGUACCGGAAGCCGUUACCGUGGAAAUAGAGGAGAUCCAUCCUCUACCUGAGGGUUUCCUCGGACAGAGGGAGGAUUUUCUGCUGUUUGCGUCUCUAUUUGAAGUCACCAUGAUGGAUCCGUCUGUAGGAACCAAACCGAUGAGCUUCGAGCUUUCCAUAGGGAAUUAUGGGAAAGCGGCAAUGGUUGGGAAGUCCAAGAGGAGCCAGAGCAAAGAGGAGCUGAGGAAGAGCAAAGAGAAUCUGAACGAGGAGUCACAGGGUCUGCUGGACUCGGAGGAUGAGCUGGACAAACAGGAAGUGCAGAAUCCUGAACCUGAAAACAGAUCUGUGUCUGAUGCUAUGAGACCUCAGCCCACUGAGUACGACAGGUCCUUCCAGUGUCUUCAGCUGCAGCCUCCUUCAGUGAAACAAAAGCCUUGUCUGUUCGUCUGGAGUCAGUUUGAAGAUCACAGCUUCCGUCUUUAUCAGGCCAACUGGCUCAGCAAGAUGGCCGACAGACUGGAGAUCGGUCUGGAUGAGGUGGAAAUUCUGCUGAGGAGGCCGAGGAGUAAGGCGAAGGAGCGUCUGGUGGAGGUUCUGCUGGAGCUUCUGGCCUCCUGCAAACAGUUCAGUAGUUUCUCAGAAAGGAGAUCUCAGUCUCGUCCCAACAACCUGGACAAAUGCAGGAGGGAGUUUAUCAAGAAGAAUUUGGUUCUGUUGGCCCGUCAGACGGUCCGAGCCCGGCGGAGGAUGACCAGACGGACGACCAAGCAACGGUUGAACGACAGCAGAAAACUGUUGAAGAGACUCCGGCUGCUGGCUUCAGAGCCUCAGAACACCAUCCCAGAUGCUUUCAUCUGGUUACUGAGUGGAAACAAGCGAUUGGCUUACGUCAGGAUCCCCGCCAACUCCAUCAUAUUCUCAUUGGUGGAGGAGCAGAGGGGGCGGGACUGUGGCCGAAUCAACACCCUCUACGUGAAGUCUCCAGGAGGUGCAGCCAGUGAGAUCUUUGCGAAGCUGGAAGUCUACCUGUGGCUCGGCCCGGUUAAAUACAGUAAGGAGGCCCUGAACUGUUUACCAGAGGAGUUCACUCCGGUGUACGAGGAGGAGGAGGAGGACCAGAGGAGGCUGGUUGCUGAGGGAGGGAGGAGGAAGCUUCCUGUCAGUCUGUCCUGUCAGGACAGCAGGUACUUCCAGCUCCGGUGUCACCUGUACCAGGGGCGUGGCCUGCUGGCUGCCGACGACAACGGCCUGUCAGACCCUUUUGCGAAGGUGGUUUUCUCCACACAGUGUCAGGUCACCAGAGUGCUGUCCGACACUCUGUCUCCCACCUGGAGCGAGUGUUUGCUGUUCGACAGAGUUCUGCUGGAGGGAACCAUGGAGGAGCUGCAGAGGGACCCGCCGCUGGUCAUCAUCAACAUCUACGACCACGACACCGUGGGAAGUUCAAAGCCUUUGGGUCGAGCUUACGCCGAGCCUGAAUUCAAACCUGUUGAGUUGUUCUACAGGAAGCCCCGCCUACGUUUCUAUGACAUCAGCUUGGGCAGGAUUCCAGCCGGAGAGCUUUUGGGUGCCUUUGAGCUCAUCGAACUGGACUACUCCGGAUUUGGAGAGCCCGGCCUCCCCAGCAGUGUAGACCCUCAGGAACUGACCUAUGUGGACGAGCAGAGAUGUUACGUCAUACCAGAAGGAGUCCGACCAGUUCUGAAGACCUUCAGGAUCGAGGUGCUGUUCUGGGGCCUACGGGAGCUGAAGCGGGUGCAGCUGUUCGAGGUGGAGCGCCCCCUGGUUAGGGUGGAGUGUGCAGGACGUCAGCUGGAAUCUGAGGAGAUCGAGAACUACAAAACUCACUCGAACUUCAAAGAGGUGGUCCGCUACAUCGACGUGGAGCUGCCGGAACAGUCCUACCUCCACCCUCCUCUGACGUUGUUCGUGGUGGAGCAUCGGGCGUUCGGUCAGCUGGCUCUGGUCGGGUGUCACGUGGUCCAGAACCUCAUGAACUAUGGACCUCGUGAGCUUGACAGAGAGCCAGAGGAGGCAGAGGAGGAGGCAAAGCCAAAGGUGAGGCAGAACUCUGUGAAGAUCAACCCUUUGAUGUCGGUGAAGAACAUCGGACUGAGCGGUCUGACGGUCAAUCAGUCCAAGAUCCCCAUCAACCCCAUGAAACUGGUUAACGCGCCUCUGAAGAAGCUGAUGAAGAAAGGAGAGGAGCUGGAGGAGGAGGCGCCUGAGAAGGAGGAGCUGGACUGGUGGUCCAAAUACUACGCUUCACUGGAGGAGCUGGAGAGGAAGGCUGCUGAGGAUGAGGAGAUGGAGGAACAAGCAGAGACGGACGGAGCCAAUCUGACAAUGGCGAACAUCGAGGAGGAGGAGGAGGAGGUCGUGGUGGUGGAGGUAGAGCCUCCUAAAAGGAAGAAGAUCGCCACACUGAAGCUGUAUGGAGGCGACCUGGAGUCAGAGUUCCAUCAGUUCCAGGAUUGGCUGCACACGUUUCCUCUGUACAAAGGAAGAGCGAGUAGUGAGGACUAUGAGGAGGAUGAUGAGGAGAGGCUGAUGGGAAAAUGCAAGGGCUCCUUCCUGGUUUAUCCGAUCGAUCCAGAAGACACUGAGGACACUCAGUGCCAGAUCACCAAUGGAAUCCCCAAAAACUCUCCGAUCAAAGUCUUAGUCCGAGUAUACAUCGUCAAGGCCACCAGUUUGGCUCCCACAGACCCGAAUGGUAAAGCCGACCCCUACCUCGUGGUUCAGGUGGGAGAACAAAGUCUGGACACCAAAGACCGAUACAUCCCCAAACAGCUGAACCCGACGUUCGGAGAGGUGUUUGAACUCACGGUGUCGUUCCCACUGGAAACAGAGCUGGUUGUCACGGUAAUGGACCACGAUCUGGUUGGGGCUGAUGACGUUAUCGGCGAGACUCGGGUCGACUUGGAGAACCGGUUCUACAGCCAUCACAGAGCCUCCUGUGGCCUGGCUCUGUACUACGACACCGAUGGUUACAAUAUGUGGCGUGAUGCAAAGAAGCCGUCCACCAUCCUAGCUGAGCUCUGCAGGAAGAACGGAAUCCCGUCUCCAGAGUACCGACUACAUGAAGUCAAAGUCCUCAACAAAAUCUUCAAAAUACCACCAGAUGCAGUUCCAGAAGUUCUUCUGAAGAAGAACGAGCGCUCUCCAGAGGAGCAGGCAGAGAUGGAGGAACAUUCAGCCCUGAGCGUGCUGCAGCGGUGGGGGGAGAUGAACGAGUUCCUCCCUGGAGCUAUCCCUCUGGUACCAGAACACGUGGAGAUCCGGUCUCUGCAGAACCAGAGCAACCUUGGACUGCCACAGGGUUACCUUCACAUGUGGGUGGACAUGUUUCCCACCGACAUUCCCGCUCCGCCUGCUGUGGACAUUAAGCCCCGCCUCCCCGAACAAUAUGAGCUGCGGGUGAUCAUCUGGAACACCGAUGACGUGUUUCUGGACGAUGUCAACCCAUUUACAGGCGACCCGUCCUCCGACAUCUACGUUAAAGGUUGGAUUAAAGGACUGGAAGGAGACAAACAGGAGACCGACGUCCACUUCAACUCUCUGACCGGAGAAGGAAACUUCAACUGGAGAUUUGUUUUCCGCUUUGACUACCUUCCUACAGAGAAAGAGGUGGUUUAUAAGAAGAAGGAGUCCAUCUUCUCUCUGGAGGAGUCCGAGUUUCGUCAGCCAGCUGUUCUGACGCUGCAGGUCUGGGACUACGACCGCAUCACAGCCAAUGAUUUUCUGGGCUCCCUCGAGUUUAGUCUCAGCGACAUGGUUCGACCUGCAAAAUCAGCCACCAAGUGUACAAUAGAGAUGGCGAAGGAUCGGGCCAGCCCUCGGUUCUCCAUCUUUCGUGCUAAGAAGAUGAAGGGCUGGUGGCCGCUGAUCCGCCUGAAGACGGCCGAGGACUUCGAGAGGAAGGAGAAGGAAAAGGAGGAGGCCAAGAAGAAGAAGAAGACCAAGGACAAGAGGAGCAAACUGAGGCAGGAGGACAUCCAGUACACCGACAGCCUGGGCAACACUUUCCUGUUAAUGGGGAAGGUGGAGGCGGAGCUUCAGCUGGUGCCGUUGGAGCAGGCCGAGGCAAACCCAGUGGGACGGGGACGUAAAGAACCAGAACCUCUGGACAAACCAAAUCGUCCCACCACCAACUUCUCCUGGUUCAUCAACCCAAUGAAGACCUUCAUCUUCCUCAUCUGGAAGAAAUACAAGAAGUACAUCAUCGCUCUGGUCAUCCUGGUCAUCCUGGCGCUCUUCCUCGCCCUCAUCAUCUACACGUUGCCUCAGCAGAUCACCUCCCUCAUCGUCAAAGGAUGAAGAAGCCUGCGGAGUCUUCAUCACCUGAACUGUCUCAGGUUUCUGAUCCUGAAUUGAUCAGUGUCACAUUUACUCAUGAUUCCAACUGCUAUAAAUCUGUAUGAUUAAAUACAGUCAGCCUGGGUGAACUAGAUUACCCAGCAACCUCAGGGAUCUGAAUUAUUGUCAGAUUAUUGGACACUUCUUACUCCACAUUUAAACUUCAUAUUAACAUUAUGUCAUAUAAUACUAUUUGACUGUAAAACCUGAAUCAGUAUCUUUCUUUGGAUAAAACAUAACCACUGUAAUAAGCCUAUUGUUAUUUUUGAUUAAUUAUAGUUGUGAUUUUAAUAUUUUUUAUAGUGGUGGGACGCGAUUAAAAAAUUUAAUUAAUUACAGUCUUUGUAAUUAAUUAAUCACAAUUAAUUGCAGUUUUGUCAAAUAGCAAUAUUUGACACAAUAAGUGAAGUUUUUCAAUUCAAAUAAAAUUGUGGUUGAGAGUUGAAUCAAUGAAUAGACAUAUACCUGUUUAUAAUUUAAAAUUUAUUUUAAAAAAGAAAAAUGGGACAUAUAGAAAAAAGUGAUUUUGGUGACUUAAAGCCUGAAUUUAGUUGUUUUUUCCACUGUAUGGCACAUAAAAUCAGCAUAAGUAGUUCAAGGAGCUUCAGAAAGUUGAAAAUCCAGAGAUUCACUGUUUUCAUCUUUUCUGGGUCUGAUAAAUGGUGGAAUUUUGAUGGUUCUUUUUAUAGGAAUAUCAAUUUUUAUUUAUUUUUUUAUGAACAAAAAGUUUAUAAAGUUAUAAAAAGAGAUAUUUUUGUUGUUUAGGUUAUUCCUCCUUCAAGGAGGCAGAGCCUCGACGGAGUAAAAACUUAAACCACAAAAAUGUUUCAUUUCUAUUUAUCUGCAUUUUUCAUCUGUCUGCUACAUUCACAGAUUACUGCAAAUCUAAGUGCAAUUAUAGCGAUUUUAUUCAACAUUUUAAGACUUUCUGUAAACUCAAGCACUCUCUACAAAAGUGGUCUAUUAUGGGAUGGCUACAUUGUUAGCCGUUAGCAUGACUCGUAGCUAACGUUAGCUCUGGUGCUAACAGCAACAUGUUUUACAUUGAGGUGAAACGUCGGCUUGAAGUGACACAGUGAUCAGGAAACUCUUUGUUGUACAAUUUGCACACAACCAGGCUUUUAUCCAAGCUGCCAUCGGGAAGAUUUUUAAAAGAAAACUUUCUGCCCAACAAGCUCAGUUUCAUCUUCCUUCACUGUUCACCAGUGCCUGACUUCACUCAGUGCUUCCUGUGCUUCUUCUUCAUGGCUACAAACAGACUUCAGGUUCAUUACCGCCACCUACUGGGCUGGAGUGUUCAUCAGCGUUACCGGUGUGCCAGAAAUGUGGGAACUGAGGAGGGUGCAACUAAUUGCGUCAAUAUUUCUAUUAUUAUAUUUAUAAUAUUUUCGCCGUAAUUAAUUAAUCUCAAUUAACGCGUUAAGGUCCCAGCCCUAAUUUUUUUAUCUUGAAUGUAAAUUAAGUCAGUAUAUUUGAACACAUUUAUUAUUUUAAGUUUCAUUUUGCACUGACUCAGUACUGAAGUUAAUAUUCUUAUUUGUACCAGUUUGAAAAUGAUUAAUCUGAAUGCUAGCUGCUGUUUCUCAGAUUUAAAUAAAUAUUAUUAUCAUUUAGAAACAAUGGUUCUCUCAGUCUAACAGCGGAAAAAAAUUACUUAAAAGAUGAUUAUUUCUUUCUCAUGCACUUCUCAGUUUCUGUCAAGUGAUUUUGUGCACCAGUCAUAGUUUUGCGAUAUUUAAAUGUGAAUUUGCUCACCCUGUCAAAAUGAAGCAGAUCAAAAGGGUUUUUGUUCAACCUUUUUAUUUUUAAUUAUACCAGAUGAUGUGCUUUUCUUUGAGUGUGACCUAUUUAGAUGCAAUUAUUCAGUGUUAUAAAGAAACUCCUGAUAUUUUGAAGUGAGAUUUCGGGGGGUUUAAAAAUAAUAAUCUGCAAGUCAGAUGAAAAAUGUAGAGGUUCUGCAUUAAACCAACCUAAUAAAAGAAAAAUAGAGGAACAUCAGUAACAAACUGCAGUUGAAUUACUAAAGUAAAAGUUCUGGUCUUGUCCCUUUGACUGAUAAUAAAUGUGAUUAUGUGAA